AUGGGUUCGCUGGUUUACGAGCUGCUUCACCGCAAUGAGGAAUUCGGCGGCGUCUCGGAUGCUGCAAAACGCGUGAGCAUUACCAACGCGCCGGGCAUUUCGGCGCUGCAGGCCUGUUCGGCACGGAUCGGAGCACCACUCGGCCACGACUUUUGCGCAAUCUCGCUCUCCGACCUGCUGACGCCAUGGGAGGCCAUCGAAACACGGUUGAAGGCAGCUGCGGAAGGUGAUUUCGUGAUCGCGUUCUACAAUCCCGUUUCCAAGCGCCGCCGUACACAAUUGGCAGCCGCGCGCGAGAUCCUCCUGAAACAUCGCCCCGCAACAACGCCUGUCGUGCUCGGUGUCAAUCUCGGCCGGCCGGAAGAAACGCUGCGGGUAACCACCCUUGAAGCGCUGACUGUCGACGAAGUCGAUAUGCUCACGACCGUUUUGGUCGGUUCCUCGAACUCUCGCGCGAUCAUGAAGGGUGACGGCAGCAUUUUUGUCUAUACGCCGCGCGGCUACGCCAAGCGGAUCGACGCGCCCAGACCUGGCGAUCCAGAUCUCAUUACCGUUCGCGGACUACGGCUGAUCCAGUCGUGUCCGGUCUGUCUUUAUGCCGGGUCUCUGGUGCCGGAACAGAUUGUCUCCGCGGCGCCUGACGAUGCGCGCGUCAUCGAUACAGCACCCAUGACGCUUGAUGAAAUCAUCGACGAAAUCAGGGACGCACAUGACAAGGGUCUGAAUGUUGCCCGCGUGCACUCCGGCGACCCGUCGAUCUACGGUGCGACGGCGGAACAGAUGCGCCGGCUGGAUGCACUUGACAUAGAUUACGAUGUAACCCCCGGCGUGCCUGCGUUCGCCGCGGCAGCGGCGGCCCUGAAAACCGAACUGACGAUCCCGGAAGUCGCCCAGACGGUAAUCGUCACGCGGACGGCAAUGCAGUCCUCCGCCAUGCCGAACAAUGAGGACCUCGAUACGCUCGGCAAGAGCGGCGCGACGCUCGCAAUCCAUCUUUCGAUCCGGAACCUUCGGGAGAUUGAACGUCAGCUUGUGCCCCAUUACGGACCGGAUUGCCCGGUGAUUGUCGCCUAUCGCGUGGGGUGGCCCGACGAGGCCUUUCUUCACGGCACGCUUUCAACGAUUGCGAACCAGAUACGCAAGUCCAAGAUCACCCGGACUGCCCUCGUGUUCGUUGGCCAUGCCCUGAAGCCGGGACAGGACUUCCGCGACAGCGCGCUCUACGACGCCGAUCACGUGCAUGUUCUAAGGCCGAAAAAGAAAGCGAAAGCCUCCUAA